CCGCCAUCAUGGGGCUUUCCUACAACAUCUACCUCAACUCAUCUCGCAUCUACGGUUGCAAGAACUGCAAGACCCAUCUGUCUAACCACGAUGACAUCAUCAGCAGAAACUUCCGCGGCCAACACGGCAAGGCAUACCUAUUCGAUAGUGUCGUUAACAUCACCGAGUCGGAGCCCAACGAGCGCAACAUGACCACCGGCCGUCACAGCGUACGCGAUAUUCACUGCCGACAGUGUAAGGAAACUGUGGGCUGGAAAUACGACAAGGCUUAUGAGGCCAGCGAGAAGUACAAGGAAGGGAAGUUCAUCUUGGAGGCAGAGCUGCUCUGCACAGUGACAUGAGGCGGCACAGACGGCAUUGAUACACAACAUCUUAUAUCGCAUUUACAUGGAGUUUGAGUACUGGAUCAUGCACAAGAGUUUUGGAGUUCGGACCGAAUGUUACUGUAUAUAGCGACUUCAAGGGCCGCGAGGACAGGGCCAGGGGACCGGUCUGUUUUGGUAUGUGGCUACAUACAUCCAGCUCGCCUCGACGAUUGACGAAGUAUCCACAGUACCUUCACGGAGAUUCUUCUUUCGCAAUGAUAUUCUCUCAGCAACACAACAGCCUGGAAACAUGCCUUCCGUAUGCAGCCUAUUAACCCUGCC